CUUCUUCUUGUAUGUUUUUCCAGGCAAUCAGCAGCAGAGGUCAACACAGCAUUUCAUUCACAUUAUCCAGGAACCAGACCGUUGUGGUGGAGUACACUCACGACAAGGAUACGGACAUGUUUCAGGUUGGAAGAUCAACAGAAAGCCCAAUUGAUUUUGUAGUGACGGAUACGAUUUCUGGCAACCAGAAUGAAGAGACGCAGAUUACCCAAAGUACAAUAUCCAGGUUUGCAUGCAGGAUCGUCUGCGAUCGGAAUCCACCAUAUACCGCAAGAAUAUUUGCUGCAGGAUUUGACUCUUCAAAAAAUAUAUUUCUUGGGGAGAAAGCAGCCAAGUGGAAGAAUCUUGAUGGUCACAUGGAUGGGUUAACAACCAAUGGUGUCCUGGUAAUGCAUCCAAGGGGUGGGUUUACAGAAGAGUCCAAGCCUGGAGUGUGGCGGGAAAUAUCGGUCUGCGGUGAUGUGUACACAUUAAGAGAGACCCGAUCUGCUCAACAAAGAGGCAAACUUGUGGAAAAUGAAACCAAUAUUCUUCAGGAUGGUUCUCUUGUUGACUUGUGUGGUGCCACCCUUCUCUGGAGAACAGCAGAUGGCUUGUUACAUACGCCAACUCAAAAACACAUUGAAGCUCUGCGACAGGAGAUAAAUGCUGCUAGGCCCCAGUGCCCUGUUGGAUUAAACACAUUAGCUUUUCCCAGUAUAAACCGCAAAGAUGUUGUAGAGGAGAAACAACCUUGGGCAUACCUCACCUGUGGCCACGUGCAUGGCUAUCAUAACUGGGGUCACCGCAGUGAUACAGAAGCUAAUGAACGAGAGUGUCCCAUGUGCAGAACAAUUGGUCCAUACGUGCCUCUUUGGCUUGGUUGUGAAGCAGGAUUUUAUGUAGACGCUGGCCCUCCUACCCACGCUUUCAGCCCAUGCGGACACGUCUGUUCAGAGAAAUCUGCCAAAUAUUGGUCUCAGAUCCCACUGCCCCACGGUACCCACGCAUUUCACGCUGCUUGCCCUUUCUGUGCAACACAGCUGACUGGUGAAGAAAACUGUGUCAGACUUAUUUUCCAAGGCCCUGUUGACUGAUGCUAUUUAUAACAGAAAACUAUGCUUUUGGUAAUAAAAAAAAAAAUAAAAACCCAAAACAAAAAUACUGUGAAAUUUUCACCACUAAUAUUAGAAGUUACCAUUUUUUAUAAUUUUAUUAACAGGAUGCAGAUUGAUUACAGAUUUUUUCCAGCGUCUUGGAACAGAUCAGAUGUCAUUGCUAUGGCAUGCAAACUAGCAGCUUCAUUUUUCUCUGUUCAAAUCGUUCUGUUUGUUAAUCCGUUUUAAUACAGAUCCUUUUGUUUGUAA